UAAUUGUGAGUGAGUCGGGUUGGUUAUAUCCGGAGGAGCUGUAAGGCCGAACGCCGAACAUUUUUGCAGUUUUGGUGUACAACAAACCAAUCGUGGAACCACUCUCGGCGUUCGAGUAUUCAAUUUACGAUAAAUCAAUCAGCCAUUGGCGUCUAUUGCGUGGCCCGUUCGGCCUGUGAUGUAAUUGUCGAGCUUCACAAGUCUUCAGAAUGAGAUUCUACGUCCAGGGCAUGCGAUGCCUGAGGGCUUCUGCCCCGCGAGCCGCCCAGCUUUCCCGGAGCUCUAUUCUCCUACGAACAGCUUGCGCCGUGAGGACUUACUCGUCGGCACCCCCGACGGGAUCUCCAGGCUCCGUGACUAUCCGCGACCAGACCAUCAAGACUGAUCCUCAAUGGUUCAAUGUACCCGACAAUGUCCUCGAUGCCACUACAAGGAAACUUCACCUAUUGAAAGACCAUCCUGUGUCUAUCACCCGCCAGAUUAUUCAGGCCAACUUCCCUGAGCCGACGUACAAGUAUCACAACGAGUUCAGCCCUGUGGUGUCGACAGCUCAGAACUUCGACUCGCUAGGAUUCCCCGCGAAUCAUCCCGGUCGCGCCCUGUCCGAUACAUACUAUUUGAAUAGCGAGACACUACUACGAACACAUACGAGUGCUCACCAGGCCGACACAUUCCGAGCUAACCAGAGCGCGGGAUACCUUGUGUCUGCCGAUGUGUACAGGCGAGAUGCCAUUGACCGAAGUCACUAUCCUGUGUUCCAUCAGAUGGAGGGUGCAAUGUCGUGGGAUCGUACUAAAGUUCCCAAUGGCGACGUUGCUGCUGCGGUAUGGAAGGACUUUGAGAAGCUACCCGUUCAUGGAGUCAAGGUUGACGACCCGAACCCUCCUAUGCAUCCUGACACAAACCCUCUCCAAGAUGCUCACCAUACAGCUGCCGAGGCCGAGGCCAUCGGUGCUCAUCUCAAGAGGUCACUAGAAAACAUGGUUGUCGAUAUCUUCUCCCGGGCCAAGGCUGCUGCGAUCAAAGAUGACCCCAACUUUGUGGAUGAACCUCUUCAAAUGCGAUGGGUAGAAGCUUAUUUCCCCUUUACCAGCCCCUCAUGGGAGCUAGAAGUCUACUAUGCCGGCGACUGGCUCGAGGUCCUGGGCUGUGGUGUGGUCAAGCAGGAUAUCUACAUCAACGCUGGUGUACCUAACCAACUGGGUUGGGCUUUUGGCAUUGGCAUCGACCGCAUUGCCAUGCUUCUCUUCAAGAUCCCCGACAUUCGCCUCUUCUGGUCAAAAGACAAGCGCUUCCUAUCCCAGUUUGAAGGCGUCACCGACAAUCUCGACAACCUGAAGCGCUUCGUCCCCUUCUCCAAGUAUCCUCCCUGCCCCAAGGACGUGUCCUUCUGGCUUAGCUCCACGACAGCAGCAGGUGGCAACACCAAGGGCACAUUCCACGAAAACGACGUUAUGGAAAUUGUCCGUAACGUGGCGGGUGACGUGGUCGAGGAUGUGCGCCUGAUCGAUGAGUUCACGCAUCCCAAGACGGGCCGCAAGAGCAUGGCGUAUCGCAUUGUUUACCGCAGCUUGGAGCGGACUCUGACUAACGAUGAGGCCGUCGCUUUCCACGAGGAUGUUCGCAAAGCUUUGGUCAAGGAGCUGGGCGUUGAGCUUCGAUAGACUGGGUCUGAGCUAGGGUAGCUGAGCUGAAAUAAACGUGUGGAGAAGCUGGAGCUUAUGGGCCCAGCUCGACAUGGCAGCUUGGACCCUUGAUGGCCUUGAGCUAGCUGUGAGGCUGUAUAAAUCUGUAAACUAGUCGCAUCUGUAUAGUAUCCGCUGUAUGAAUCAAUGGAAAAGCCCAAUGACCACGGGCUGAGCUCUCCUCUGACGUCGUCAAACUGUACUAUCACGAGCCCAGCUGCUGCGCCAUAGUAGAAUCACGGGCUUCAUCUCCAUAAGCCAAGCCACG